GCCCUCACCCCCAAGUCGAGAUUAUUUAAAUUGCUCAUGAUGUCUGGACUGAGAGGCCUCUGGGGCGCGUCAUCAGCUGAUCAUAAAUCAUUGUUCGGUGUCGUUGGGAUCGAUAGGGUUGUGGAAUGUCGUGACGUCAUAUAGCCAAAAGGACAGUGUGAGCCGAGGAUGAUGGCGUCUGACGGAUCGAGAUGCGGAGCUUGCACGGGUCAUAUAUCAGACCGAUAUAUUAUGCGAGUGGGGGAUUCGUCUUACCACGAGAGGUGCCUCCUAUGCUGCGUGUGUCAGGCCGCGCUCACUCACACAUGUUUCACCAAAGACUCGAAAAUCUACUGCCGAAUAGAUUAUGAGAGAAUAUUUGGAAAAAAAUGUCUCGGCUGCUCAGAGAUCAUUGGCUCCAGUGAACUGGUGAUGCGAGCCAUGGAUUCCGUUUUCCACCUGAAAUGUUUCCUCUGCGUCGUCUGCGGUGUCAGGCUUCAAAAAGGCGACCAGUUCGUUGUGAAACAGGGCCAGCUCUUCUGCAGGCCCGACUACGAGAAAGAGGUCGAAAUGUUCCAAGGAUACGCUCAAGGAGAUUUGAACUGCGAGGAGAUGACGGCGACGAGAACCGACGGACGUCGAGGUCCGAAGAGGCCGAGAACGAUACUCACGACACAACAGAGAAGGGCGUUCAAAGCGUCUUUCGAAAUAAGCCCCAAGCCGUGCCGUAAAGUCCGAGAAGGCCUGGCCAAAGACACCGGGCUUAGCGUCAGGAUAGUGCAGGUCUGGUUUCAGAACCAGAGGGCCAAAAUGAAAAAGAUGCAGAAGAAAGCGAGGCUCGACGCGAAAAACAACAACAGCAAAGAAGGGGACUGCAUGGAAGACAAAACUGAUAAAAUUAAAGACGACGAUCAUAGUUCGCAGGGUUGCGGCGGUGGCGGGGGAUACCUUAACGACAGCUGCAGCGACACGGAGACCGGCCACUGUCUUCCCCCGGACACGAGGGAAUACCUCCAGGUCAAGGAAUCUCGCGAGUACCUGCCAAUUAAGGUGGAAUCGGCCGAGAAGGAGGACGACGUCUUUUACAAGACCAUGCUCGUCGAACACCAAAACAAGCACUACCUAAACCCAGUCGGUAAAUACACCAUUCGAUUCUGUUAGUGACUUCAAUUUCAUUCAUCCUGAAAAUUAGGUAUUUCUUAACCAAAAUUGUCUAUAAAAUACACCAAACCGAAGUUUAUGUAUGAUGUAUGCCAGCUUUUCCUUGACAAUUUCAUCUUCUAGCUGCAUUAGCACCGCUGACCCAAAAAAUUCACACACUUUAGCACUAAAAUGAUAACUUAAAACAUCUUUCUUUUACUGUUCGAAUGUAAAAAUUAGAAGUAUACCUAUAUAUAUUAAUCAUCAUCGUCCAUCUUGAUCAACAAUAUCAUCAAUCAAUGAGUAACAUGUCUGUAAUUUAAUAUGUGCAAUAAUGUAAUACAUGUUUCAUUUUUCGUUGUUUUUAAACAUUCAA